UUACUUAAAAAUGGAUAAAUUCUAGUUCCAUAAGUUAGUGAUAGCAUCCAUGUUUUCAAAUAAAUAAAAUGAGGGCUUUCAUAUUCGCAUGAAAUGAUCAAAAUUUAUUGACAUUUUAUACAUGUAUCAUUUUAUAUUAAUACCUCAAUAUUUUUUCUCCUCGUUCCACUCAGUACGUAUCUCUCUUGCUUUUCUUCACUUUAGUGUUGCUUUUAGACCUUGAAUUUUCUCAUAAAUCAGAAUAUAAUACCAAACAACACUAAGAAAAAUCAGAGUUACCGCUAAGAAUGUCUUCGGAUCAUCACACACAGCCGAAAGAUCCACCGGAUCGCCCAUCUUCUUCCUCCAUCAAUAACAAGCAGCUUCUUCCUUCUCACCCCCAGCCGCAGCCGCAGCAACCACUCAGCCGCUACGAGUCUCAGAAACGCCGGGACUGGAACACGUUCAUCCAAUACCUAAAAUCGCAGAAUCCACCGUUGAUGAUGUCCCAGUUCGAUUACACACACGUGCUAAGUUUCCUCAGGUACUUAGAUCAGUUCGGUAAGACCAAAGUACAUCACCAAGCGUGUGUCUUCUUCGGACAACCAGAUCCACCAGGACCGUGCACUUGUCCUCUCAAACAAGCUUGGGGAAGCUUAGAUGCUUUGAUCGGAAGGUUGAGAGCUGCUUAUGAGGAACACGGUGGUGGGUCACCGGAUACUAACCCGUUUGCAAACGGGUCGAUCCGGGUUCACUUGAGGGAAGUGAGAGAAUCUCAAGCCAAGGCUCGUGGGAUUCCGUACAGGAAAAAGAAGAGGAGGAAGAUUAAAAACGACGGGGUUGUUGCCAGGAAGGAUGUUGCAAACUCUUCGACUCAGAAUCAGUCGCCCACUUGAUGAUUUAUCAUAUAAAAAAUUUCCGAUAUAGGUGUUUUAUUUGCUCGUAGCUCGCGGUUAAUACCAGAUAAAGCAAAUCUUGGUUUUCUUUUCCCUUGUGAUGGGCCUAGAAGAAGAGGAACGACUACCCGUAAUAACAAACUUGCAAAAUGGAUCGUUUAUCAUAAGAGAUUCGUUGUUCGUGACCCCUGCUUCACUUUAAUUGUUAUUUGAACAAGUCAAAGUUUUGUCUUGGUGGUAUUCUAAAUAUUCUAUUCAAAAUAGAAAAAUCUAUCUUUUUCUGCAAAUAUUUUUUUGAACAAUGAAAUACAAAUAUGUGAAAAAAGUAAAAUGGUUAAAAAAAGUUUUCUAUUU